CAAGCGAACAAAACUAUAUGUAUAGUUUCUAUUUCUAUGGUUUUCGAGCGCAUUUCCAUGAUUAGUUUUAUUAUCAUAAAUUAGUAAGCACUACAUUAUGGCAUUGCCAAAUCUUGAACUAGUUUUCGCUAGUGUGGACAAACGCAGAAAUCUGUUGGAUAUAAAAACGCGAGUAACGGGUCCUAAAAACUAUAGUAAUCUUUGAGACUUCAACGAUCUACAACGCCUUCAACAUGAAAUUCGCCAUCGUCCUUUUCGCACUCUUCGCCGUGGCCGUUGCUGCCCCCCCAGAAGUCGAUAUCCAGGAAUAUAGAUCUGAAGUUGAACCCCAUGCCUACAGAUUUUCUGUGAAAACCAGCGAUGGUAGCCAGAAGGAGGAGUCGGGUACGCUGGUAAAUGAAGGAACCGACAAUGAGGGCAUCUCCGCCAAGGGCUCUUUCUCUUAUGUGGGUGAUGAUGGUCAGACCUACAGCGUCAAAUACAUCGCUGACGAGAACGGAUUCCAGCCUGAGGGUGCCCAUCUGCCCGUUGCCCCCGUUGCCUAAGUUUAUAGAGUUAAAAUAAAAUGAUUUAAAAAAAA